GUGGGGGGGGGGGAGGCGAGAGGGCGCUUAACCGCAGUAGGAAAUGUAAUGGGGGUUAUUCAUUGGCACGUGACUAAUCACAGGAGGGGGGCCACCACCCCCCACGGUUGUUUGAGACUCAAUGGAGGGUGCGGAUUUUGACGAAGACGUCGUGUUUAAGGGCUCGCCUCUUUACCAGCACCUCGAGGAUGCGGGCUUCGCGCAACUGGACUCGGCCGAGCGGCAGAGGGACCCCGGGGGGCGACCGGAGGAGCACGCGGAGACGCCGAUGGAGAGCCGCGUGUCGUGCUCCUGUGGAGAAUGGAUCAAGAGGCCCUUCACUCUUCUCUUGUCGCACGUUGGAGGACUUGGGGCUUAUGCCGCAUCAAGCGACCAGGCCGACGCGUGGCGCCGGCGGGAGGUGGCGACCGUCGUGACGCGAGGCCGCCUGCUCGAGGAGGACGUGGAGCUGCUGGGGCUCUUCGCCCCGGAGGUGCUCACGUGGGCCGCUGAGCCGCUCGCCCCGACCUCCGCGACCCCGCGAGGCGGCGACGUCGGGGACCAGCUCGAUGGCACGAGCGUCGACGCUCGGAAGCCAUCGGCGUGGUUGGCUGUCGCGGCGGCCCUGCUCGCCGUGGUAGCGGUUUGGGCGACCUCGCCGACGGCUGGCGGUGUGGCAGCCGUGCCGGUGGUUUGGCGGAGCGCGGCCGUGGCAGUGGCCGCGGCGGCGGCGCUGGUUGCCCUAGCCACGAUGGCGAGGUCUCUGCGGCGCCGGCUGGACGGGGCGCGGCUGGAGCGUCGCUGCGUCUCGACCGGCGCUUUCGCCGGGGACUGCGCCGCCCUCACCGCUCUGGCCAAGAAGUCGCUUCGGCUGGUGCAGGAGAGCGAGGUCAUCACUCGCGGGUUCACCCUGGUGAGCGCCAGCUGCUCCGUGCGGACCCUGGACCUGGGCGCCGGCGCUCAGCUCCCGAUGCUCCGCCGCUCGCUCUACUGGGCCCUGCGCUCCUCCACGCUGGCGCUGCGCGACGCCACGCGUGGCCUCGUCGCUUCGUGCCCUUUGGACGCGGAGGCAGACAAUGUUACCAACUACCUGUGCGCGGUCCCCCUCGCGGAGCUGGGCCUGGGCAUGGAGCUCCACUGUGGGGCCACGGUGGGCGUCGGCGCGGAGCUGCGAGAUGAGACGGCGAUUCUCGAUCGGGCCGCGGAGCUCACCAACGGCUUCUCCCUGCAGGCGCUGAAGGUGCUCUACCAGCUGUGGGUCGGGCAGAGUUCGGAAUUCUUACGCCGCCUCGUGCUGGCGUUGUACGCUGCCCCGCGCGACCACGAGCAAGGCCCACGCAACCGCCGCUCGACCCCGGAGCACGCGUUCGUCUCGGCCGCGUCCCCGCGCGUCUCCGACAGUCUCCGCCGGCUGGGCCGCAGCUUCGAGCUGCACCGCGUCGGGUGCGGGGGGCGGGCGGCGGAAGGCGGCGAGCGCCCACGCUCGGCGGCGGAGUCGGCGGCGGGGGCCCCCGGCGACCCGAGGGGGUCCGGCAGGGGGCCGCGCUCGGAGCUUUGGAGGCUGCACGCGGCCGUGCGGAGUCUCCAGCUGCACCUGAAGAUGGCGCUGCAGGACUCCCUCUCUCUGGAGGACGAGCUGGAACGUCUCUUGGAGCCGGGCCUCGACGCCUCCACCGCCGCCGCCGACGGAAGUGGCGGCGGCGUUGGCGACUCCGAGGCGGAGACGGCCGCGGCGGCUGAGGCGGCGGCCGAGCUGCUGAGUUCGCUCGGGCCGAGGAUGGAGGCCGCCAGGGCCUGCUGGGACGAGACCGUCACCCGCUCCAGGGCCCUGCGGCGCCGCGGCGAUCGCGACGGCGCGGCCGCCGACGUGCCGGGCAGAGCGGAACCCCCGCGCAGCGCCGGCGAGGAUCGGCCUGCGUUGGUGAUCAUCGACGAUCGCGACCCCAUCCCGGAGGAGCAGGAGUUUGAGUCCUUCGCGGGGGACCCCGAGGACGGCCCCCCGCCGCCGGGGAGCGGCGACCCCCGUGGCGAGCGGCGAUCGCCGGACCCCGAGGAGCGGGAGCGCCUGCGGCGGCGUCUCGAGGAGGCGCGGCGGGAGCGCGAGGAGGCGCGCCGCCUGCUGGACGAGCUGAAGAGCGUCCUGGGGGUGCGCACGUCGCUGGAGCAGCGCGCCGUCUGGAGGAGCGCCCUCUUCCCCGCGGCAGCGCCGCGGGAAACGUCGCUGCAAGCGCGGCCCUCGAGCUCGGCGGAGGCCACGACCCCGGCGCUGGGCGACUCCGGCGAGACGGCGGCCAGGAGCCCCGCCGUCGACGAUCACAGCCGUGACGACGACGACGACGAUGGGGAGAGGAGAAACGGGGUAACUUCCUCCCGAGACGAUGUGGGCGACAAUUGCGAAGACGACGGCGGCCCCGGUGCAAGGGGUAUCGGCGUAGGGGACGCUGCUGCUGCUGCUGCCUCUGCUGCCUCUGCUGCCAGUGGCGAUGAAGCCACUUCAUCUGCUGCUGGUGCUAGGGAAGCGAACGUAUAUUCGGCUGGCGGUUGUGAUGAUGAUGAUGAUGACGAAGCUAAAAGAGAGUCAACUGCUAGCAGCAGUGAACCUCAGAGGGAGCUCGCGGCUGGCAGCGAUGUUGCCAUGACAGAAGCUGCUGCUCUUGGUGGCGGUGAUGAUGAUGGUGAGGACGAUGAUGCCAACGGAAACACUUCUGCUAGUCGCGAUUACGACGACAGUGACGCUGACGCUGACGAAUCCAAUGGAGACCGCGCUGCUGGCGUUGAAGGAGAAGGGGGGGAGGAGACCGCGGGGAGGAACGACGACGGCGGGCGUGGCGCCCCCCACGGCCCCCCGCAAGCCUCGCUGCGCGAGAGGCUGGCAGCGGCACAGCUCGGCGGUUGGCACGGCGCCACGAGGGACCCACGCUCCGUCCACCUGACGUCGAUGGUGGCGACGCAAGCGGCUACCCUCUCGCGAGGGCUCCUGUCCCUGCAGGAGCAGACCUUUGGUGACGACGGUGAUGAUGAUGACGACGAUGACGAUGACGCCGAUGAUGAUCGCGAAUCUCAAGAGUGACAUGCAGUGUGUGAGGUGGUUGUGUUGCUGUGAAGUGGCGAUUGUGUUUUAACGUUUACAAAAAAAUCACCUCCAGGAGUUUGCCUUUUAAACUAAACUUUAAAUAUUUUAUUAUUUUCCAGGUAAAGCACUCUAAGCUAUUGGCUCUUUUUUCAGAGGCCACCUGGCCACACGUGAUGAUAGCUCAACAUCGAAGCGGCUUGUAUCAUUGUCUAAACGACACGUGACGUCGAUUCUAAAUGUGGAGAAAAAUCCACGCGACCACACGGGGAGAGACGGAGCACGCGGACUCCAAAUAUACAUCAAGAGGCAUCGUCAGGGUCCGGGAUCGAACCCACGAACCUCCUGCGUACCAGGCGAGGCAGAUAAGACAAGGCCACAGACUGACACGUGUCACUGGGGCUACGGUCCUCCACUCUUGAAGUGACCGCUGGUUUGGACAGUUCAAAAUUCAACAUUGGCAGGACUGCAUACACACCUCACCUUCACUUACAAACUAGGCAUUUAAAUAAAAUAUAUCUUAAAAGGUUCAGGUUAUGUUAAAGACUUGUCCCCUUUGAUGCCUGUGGUCCAUAAUAGAGGUUUUUGGGUUAGAUCGUGUAAAUUUAGAUGUCUAAACCCGCCACAGUCAGGAAGGUUUGUCACAUCAACAAAACGUGCCAAUUUGUAACUAGUUCAGCACACCGGUUGUAUGUUGGAGAGUAAACCCACUACAACAUUUAUAGUGUAGUGUCUAGUGUAGUGGUGUAUAGUGUAG